UCAGCGGAACUCAGAGAAUCCGAAGCCGGCGAUCGUUAAACCCUCGUUCCGCCGCUCACCGCCGUCCUCCGUCGUCUCACGCUCCGUACCGGUGGUGACACGAAAAUGGAAGACGCUAAAUUAUAGUUCGUUUUACAUAUGUAAGUUUCUGGAGGGUGAGAAAACCUACAUCAAAGUUCUUAGAAAGAGAGAGAUAAGGAUUUAUCGGGGUUAUAAACGGAAGAAAAAUCUUUGAUAGAUUUUCAUAUAGAAGAGGAGUAGAAGAGAUUCUCCUUUGUCCCAAAGGUAGAGAAAGAGAGGGAGAAAAAAACAAUAACCUAAAGAGCAUUUAGUUUCCUCUCUUUCUCGGAUUUUUGUUGGGAUAAUCGAAUUGAAUAUUUGAGGAUCUAAGUUAGGGGUUUCAUAAUUGAAGUAAAUCGGAGCGGGUGCUGUGGGAAUUAAAGUUAUGGUGUUAAUCAGGAACGCGGAUCAGUGAGAAUUCAAGUUCCGAUCUAGUGAAUAACCGAUUCGAAUUGGUAAGAGAUGGAUGUGGAUUCCUCAAUGGCGUCAUCGUUGGAGGCUGAUGACGGUAGCAGCAACAACCUUGAUACUAAUGGGCCUGCAUCGGAGGAGCAGAAAGAGGAGUCUCCAGCAGCGGUCGAGGAGUCUCCUGCUUCUUCGUCUCAGCCCCUGCAAUCUCAAGUUCAGCAGACAAGUGGUAAUCCGGUGGGUGGGCCCAGGCAUGCGCCUAAUUAUACCGUGGUGAAUGCUAUAUUAGAGAAGAAGGAAGAUGGCCCUGGUCCGAGGUGUGGACACACCUUGACGGCUGUUGCUGCAGUUGGGGAGGAAGGAACACCGAAUUAUAUGGGACCGAGGCUUAUUCUCUUUGGUGGUGCAACAGCUCUGGAGGGCAACUCCGCGAACGCUGGGACUCCUACCUCGGCAGGAGGUGCCGGAAUCCGUUUAUCAGGUGCGACUGCUGAUGUGCACUGUUAUGAUGUAUUGACAAAUAAAUGGUCUAGAAUAACUCCCUUUGGAGAACCACCUACACCAAGGGCAGCUCAUGUGGCAACUGCAGUGGGUACAAUGGUGGUUAUUCAGGGUGGAAUUGGUCCAGCUGGUUUGUCUGCUGAGGAUCUGCAUGUUCUUGACCUWACACAACAACGGCCCCGAUGGCACAGAGUGGUCGUUCAAGGCCCUGGUCCUGGCCCACGAUAUGGGCAUGUCAUGGCUCUGGUGGGGCAAAGAUAUCUUAUGGCAAUUGGUGGAAAUGAUGGAAAGCGGCCUCUUGCUGAUGUAUGGGCCUUGGAUACAGCUGCAAAACCAUAUGAAUGGCGGAAAUUAGAACCAGAGGGAGAGGGUCCACCACCAUGCAUGUAUGCUACUGCUAGCGCACGCUCUGAUGGUCUUCUUUUGCUUUGUGGUGGGCGGGAUGCUAAUAGUGUGCCUCUGGCAAGUGCAUAUGGGCUUGCAAAACACAGAGAUGGUCGCUGGGAAUGGGCAAUUGCUCCUGGGGUUUCACCAUCUUCUCGUUAUCAACAUGCAGCGGUUUUUGUUAAUGCUAGGCUCCAUGUAUCUGGUGGGGCACUUGGAGGUGGACGSAUGGUGGAGGACUCAUCAAGUGUGGCAGUUCUUGAUACUGCAGCAGGUGUCUGGUGCGAUACAAAAUCUGUUGUGACCUCUCCAAGGACAGGUAGAUACAGUGCUGAUGCAGCUGGUGGCGAUGCUGCGGUUGAAUUGACAAGGCGCUGUAGGCAUGCUGCUGCAGCCGUAGGUGAUUUAAUAUUCAUCUACGGUGGUCUACGUGGAGGGGUAUUGUUAGAUGAUCUUUUAGUUGCUGAAGACCUGGCUGCUGCUGAAAUGACAUCUGCAGCAUCACAUGCAGCUGCUGCAGCUGCAUCCUCCAAUGCACAGGUAGGGAGGUUACCGGGAAGGUAUGGAUUUGUUGAGGACAGAACGAGGCAGCCAUCUGAAGCCGAUCCUGAUGGGGCAGUUGUACUGGGGAAUCCUGUUGCUCCACCGGUAAAUGGUGACAUGUAUACAGAUAUCAGCACUGAGAAUGCGAUGCUCCCAGGCUCAAGGAGGCUAAGCAAAGGAGUUGAAUACUUGGUUGAGGCAUCAGCAGCAGAAGCUGAGGCCAUUGYUAAAACCCUUGCUGCUGCAAAAGCACGUCAGUCAAAUGGAGAAGUUGAACUGCCAGAUAGGGAUCGUGGAGCGGAGGCUACUCCUAGUGGGAAACAAAUAUCCUCCCUGAUAAAGCCAGAAUCUGAUGUUGUGAUCAAUUCUGCUCCAGCUGGAAUACGAUUACAUCACCGUGCUGUGGUAGUAGCAGCAGAGACUGGUGGAGCAUUAGGUGGAAUGGUCAGACAGCUUUCAAUAGAUCAGUUUGAAAAUGAAGGCAGGAGGGUUAGCUAUGGGACCCCAGAGAAUGCAACUGCAGCAAGGAAACUUUUAGAUCGCCAAAUGUCGAUUAACAGUGUGCCCAAAAAGGUGAUAGCUCACCUAUUAAAGCCUCGUGGCUGGAAGCCUCCUGUUCGUCGACAAUUUUUUCUAGAUUGCAAUGAGAUAGCUGAUCUAUGUGAUAGUUCUGAAAGAAUAUUUUCAAGCGAACCUAGUGUUCUGCAACUAAGGGCUCCUAUUAAGAUAUUUGGUGAUUUGCAUGGGCAAUUUGGCGACCUCAUGCGACUUUUUGAUGAGUAUGGAUCUCCAUCGACUGCUGGAGACAUCGCAUAUAUCGAUUAUCUCUUCUUGGGAGAUUAUGUUGAUCGAGGUCAACACAGCUUGGAAACCAUUAGUCUCCUUUUAGCAUUAAAGGUUGAGUAUCCACAAAAUGUUCAUUUAAUUCGUGGGAAUCAUGAAGCUGCUGAUAUAAAUGCACUUUUUGGCUUUCGAAUCGAGUGCAUAGAGCGGAUGGGUGAGAGAGAUGGAAUCUGGGUAUGGCAUCGGAUAAACAGAUUAUUCAACUGGUUGCCACUGGCAGCUUUAAUUGAGAAAAAGAUCAUUUGCAUGCAUGGUGGUAUUGGGAGGUCAAUCAACCAUAUUGAGCAGAUCGAAAGCCUUCAACGGCCAAUUACGAUGGAGGCUGGUUCAAUUGUACUUAUGGAUUUGUUGUGGUCUGACCCGACAGAAAAUGACAGUGUGGAGGGACUGCGACCAAACGCCAGAGGUCCUGGGUUAGUUACUUUUGGGCCUGAUCGCGUGAUGGAGUUCUGCAACAACAAUGAUCUCCAAUUGAUUGUACGUGCACAUGAAUGUGUAAUGGACGGAUUUGAGCGUUUUGCCCAAGGACAUCUGAUUACCCUUUUUUCAGCCACUAAUUAUUGUGGGACUGCAAAUAAUGCUGGUGCAAUAUUAGUCUUGGGUAGAGAUCUUGUGGUGGUUCCGAAACUCAUUCAUCCACUGCCACCUGCACUUUCAUCUCCUGAAACUUCCCCUGAACGUCAUAUAGAAGAUACAUGGAUGCAGGAACUUAAUGCAAACAGACCACCAACACCAACUAGGGGCCGUCCACAAGUUGUGAAUGAUCGUGGCUCUCUCGCAUGGAUUUAGUUGAAGAAGCCCAUGUCAUAUCACAUCCCAAACACUUAUUCUUGGCUCAUGCUACCAAUCAGAAUGUGUGUUAUGGUUGAUGCUCUCAAGGGUUUGCUCAACUUAUUCUGGGCCAUGCUACCUCCGAUCACAGCCCAUGUAGUUAGUGAAACAUUCUGAAAAUCAAGAUUUGAGAUCUGAAAACACACCGAAGCAACCCCUUGGUACAUUGACAAACGGGUAGGUUUCAGCUAUUGGUCGUCUUGCUUCUCUUCUUCAAUUGAUGGUGAUUUUGGUUCCUAGUUUUGAAUGAUUUUUGUUCCUUGGUUAGGGAGGGUUGUAUCAUUGUUUUUUUGUUUUGGGAUUUUGUUGAAGAUAGAAUAUGAGGCAGGUUAUAUAUAUAUAUAUAUACAUACAUAUAUAUAUAUAUAUGCGUGUGUGUGUGUGUGUGCACGUGUGUAUAUAUGUUUGGAAUGAAAGCGAUGUUUUGUAUCAUAGAGAAGAUGGUGUUGUGUUUUAUGUACAAUGUAACAUUUGUGUGAAGAUGAGAAUCUUUGUUUCGUUA